AUGCUGUUCCAGGCUGAUGAGGCCUUCCUAGAGGAAGAGAAGAAGGAAGUACUCAAGGAGACCAUCCGUGUGGAGCGUGAGGGCUACGACCGUAUGGAGGCCUACUACAAGACACGUGAGAGCAAGCUAAAGGAGGAGAUUGCAGAUCUGAGAGACAAAGCUAGAGACUUUGGGCUCCACAAUGACUACUUAGACUACAAAGUGCUUGAGCUUGAGGAUGCCUUCGAGCGCAAGAAGAGGUGCCUGAGGGAUCACAUUGAGAUGGAGAAGAGGUAUGGUUUUAGGAAGAUGAUGCUGGAGAGCCGUUGCAACAUGUUGGAGAGGGAGGUGGUUCAGUUGAGCGUUAACACUGCUCACAACUAG